AUGGCUCUGGUUCUUCAAGCAAAUCGUGCUACAAGCAGCAAUAGCGGCACGGUUCCAAUGGAUCCGUACAAGCAGCUGCAUCAGUCAACAAAUCAAGAAGAUAGUUUUCAUCGAAAAAUAUGCGAUAAAAUUGAAGAAGGAAAACGUGAUAGAGAUCCUCAAAAAUGUCAACAAAUUCUUGAUGAUUUAAUGAAAAUGCUUAAACAUCUUACAGCUGAUGUUAAUAAUUAUAAUUUAGCAUUUCGUGAAACGCGACCACCAUUUUAUAUGCAAGAAUUUCAACGUUUAACUGAUCGUAUCGAAACAUUAACAAAAGCACGCGAUACAUUAACUGAAUAUCUUCAUGAACUUGAAGGUCAAAAUACUGAAAAAGCAUUUCCAUGUUCAUCAUCAUCUAAUGAUGUUUCUUCAACGAAUAAUCAAUUUCAACAACAAUUACAAUAUUCUCCAACUAUAUCUCAAUCAAAUCGUUCAUCACCACCGGAGAAAACUCAUCAGCCACAUACAUCGUCAACAUCAUCAAUACAUUCAGGUAUAAACAUAUCUUUUCUAAGUAAUCAUUCAACCAAAAAAAAUCAUUAUCGUCCAUUAUCAAUAGAUUCUCCACAACGACCACGUAGUCCAAGUAUGACACCAAAUAAUUUUAUUCGUGUUCAUUUUCCAAAUAAACACACAACUGCUCUUGCUCCAAGGAGUGAUGAAACACUUGAAGUAGCACUUGAAUUACGUGCUUCAAGACAUUCAGUAACUAAUUUACGAGCUUAUACACCUGUUUAUAUGAUUUCAAGACAACCAUGUCCGUGGGAUAUUACUCUUGAUCGUUUACGUGAAACAGAAAUUGAACUUGAAGAAAAUCCUAAACUUGAUCAUUCAUUUGAAACUAUUCCAACACCACGUUUUCCUGUAUUUACUAAUAUUCGUUGUAUUGUUUGUCAUCAUCGUAUUCGUGAAGCUUAUAAACGUUGUGUUUCAUGUGGAAAUAAUUAUCAUAAUGGUUGUCAUUCAAAAGCACCUGUUUGUUCUCAUCCUAUUCUUCAACACAUUAAGCAGCUUGGUCCGGAUCGUUUUAAUCUGGAUCGAACAAAUACUCAAUCACGAAACAAAGAGCAAUCACGCAGUUUACCUCGAAUUCCAUCAUCAAGACCAAGUAUAAAUACAACUCAAGGAGUUGGUCCACAAAAGGACAUCAGUCAAGAUUCGCAUGGUAGUCCACUGCCAACAACAGCAAAUGUUGGUUACUUUUCGAAUGCUAUACAAUCGACGAUGAAUAUAUCAUCGAAUUCACUCUUCCAACCACCAUCAACAGUCAUAUCAUCAUCAUUACCAUCCGCAACAUCACCUAUUCAUCACAUUCCUCAGUUAUUACUGACUAUUAAUGGUUCAGCUUUGGCAAGUCCAGAAAGUCUUCGACCCAGUAUGACUAAACCUAAUAGUAACGGUGUUAUUGAUACGAAAAAGCCUCAACAUAAAUAUGUCAGUGAAUGGGAAAUUCGACCAGAAGAUUUGCUCAAUCAUGGAAGAAUGGUAGGCAGAGGCACUUAUGGUACUGUAUAUAAAGCGGAGUUGAGAUUACAUGGCCAGGUUGCAUUGAAAGAAUUAAAUUUCGUUUCACCAACACCAACUCAAUAUCAAGCAUUUCGCAAUGAAGUUGUUGCGUUAAAAAAAAUUACUCAUCAAAAUACAUUAAAUUUUUAUGGAUACAUGUUUUCACCUCGUUUUGCUAUUGUAACACAAUGGUGUGAAGGUUCAACACUGUAUAAACAUAUUCAUAUACUUGAUCGUCAUUGGAAAAUUAAUCAAUUAAUUGAUAUUGCACGACAAAUAUGUCAGGGAAUGUCAUAUUUACAUGAUCGAGAAAUAAUACAUCGUGAUCUUAAAUCAAGUAAUGUCUUUUUGGAUAUGUGUGCUGAAACUGAUGAUGUUGGAAUUAGUUGGCGCGUGAAAAUAGGUGAUUUUGGUUUAGCUGCUGUUAAAACUGUUCCAGCCGAAGGUAUAAAUCAACAAUGUCAACCAACUGGUUCAGUUCUUUGGAUGGCACCCGAAGUCAUUCAACAAAAAGAUCCAAACUGUUAUUCAACUAGUUCUGAUGUAUAUGCAUAUGGUUGUGUACUUUUUGAAAUGUUUAGUGGCAAAUUACCUCAUGCACCAAUCAGUAACAAAGAACAGAUUAUGUGGCUCGUUGGAAAAGGACGGCUAAAAUUAAAAGUCGAACAAUGUCGUCAUGACACACCUGAAGCCAUAGUUGAAUUAAUUCGUCAAUGCUCAGAAUUUCAUCGUGAACAACGACCAAAUUUUUCACCUGAGAUUGAUGAUACAUUAUCAAAAUUUGAAUUUAUAUUUCCACGUUUACAACGUUCACAAUCAGAACCAUGUUUAAUUCGAAAUCCUCAAGAUGAUUUACUUGGUUUGUCCAUGAAUUUUGGUGUACCAAAAACUCCUUUAUCCAAUCAUCGACGUUUUAAUGCUGAAGUGACAUAA